UGCCCCACAAUCCUUAGCUUCUUCCGCCUCCGCGCAGCACUCCUGGGUACUUCCUGUAGCGAUGGCUGCGACGGUGGCUGGGUUACUUCGAGGAGGUCUCCCGCCCCGGGCGGCUUGGCUGCCCACCGUCCAGGCCGUGCGCCAUGGCUCCAAGGCUGUGACCCGCCACCGUCGUGUCAUGCACUUUGAGCGGCAGAAACUAAUGGCUGUAACUGAGUAUAUUUCUCCUAAACCUGCCAUCAACCCUAGAUGCCUACCACCCCCUCCCAGACCCCCCAAGGAGGAGUCAGGCCUCGUCCAGCUGCUGCGUCGAGACUUAGUGGCCGUUUUUCGGGACAACCGAAUGAUAGCCGUCUGCCAGAACGUGGCCAUGAGUGCAGAGGACAAGGUUCUCCUGCGGCACCAGCUGCGGAAACACAAGAUCUUGAUGAAAGUCUUCCCCAACCAGGUCCUGAAGCCUUUUCUAGAACAGUCCAAAUACCAAACCCUGCUACCACUUUUUGUUGGGCACAAUCUGCUGCUGGUCAGUGAAGAGCCCAAGGUCAAGGAAAUGGUGCGGAUCCUAAAGAGCGUUCCUUUCCUGCCACUGCUGGGUGGCUGCGUUGAUGACACCAUCCUCAGCAGGCAGGGUCUCGUAGACUAUGCCAAGCUGCCCAGCCUGGAGCUGCUGCAGGGGGAGCUGGUAGGAGGACUUACUCACCUCAUGGCACAGACCCGCUGCCUGCUUCAGCACCAGCCUGUUCAGCUGACUUCCAUGUUGGAUCAGUAUGUCAAACAGCAACAUGAGGGAGAUUGUGCCCCAUCAGCCAGUGGGGAGCCACAUCCUCCUGACCCUGCUGCAGAUUCCUAGCUGGCCUGUUUCACCCAGCUUCGCCUGUAAAUACACUCUGUCCCUGUUGUCUGUGCUGUUGUCUGGCAGAGAUCUAAAAGAAUUUGGCAUGUGAGAGUGGCGUGUGUGACUUGGCUCCCAUUCACGGUGGCCUCCUUGGGGACAGGCCUCUGGACGGUGCAGAGCAAUUCCAUUUCAGAGUGAGGCUGUCCGUUGUCUUCCGUUCCACUAAUCACUCUGCCUUUACUUGUUCCAACUAGGGACCAGAUAAGAGCAGUCCCCUUCAGGUCUCCAGGCACAGGGCAGAGAGAAUGGAGACUGUCCUGCCCACUGUCCCUUGCUCUGUUUUCCCAGCCCACCCUCCUGGUUCCUCCUUAUGCCUUGAUGGACCAGUUAAGAAAACCUGUGAAUGGCUCCUGCUGAGUCUUGGGCUAAAUACGGCACCAAACACAGCCGCCAGCUCCCUGAUGCCUUGCCAUUCAGGAAAAGGCGGAGAAGUUUCAAGCCCUGGGUAAAGUCUUGA